GCAUCUUUCACAAACACGUCCGCUUCACCGACGCCACGCGGGGACCUGUGCACUUGGUCGCCCCAUUGUUCUGAAUGUCGCGAUGAUAGCUUGCGUCUCGACGUCGCCCACCGAGAACCUCGCACGAUGAAACCGCGAUUACAGCGGCUUGUGCCGCUCUUGUUCGUCUUCCUCUCGCUAUUCCUACCAGCGCUCUGUGCGCAGUUCCGGGGCAGCGGCCAUGCACAUGCCCAGAAGCCUCUGGGCGAACGCAACAUCCCCUCGGACAGUUGGGGCCCGGUUUCCACCCCCGGAGAUCAAGAUGUAGACACUUCCGCAUUCGACAAGGCAUCGACCCUGCUGCACAAGGUGCAGCCAGCGACGGCGCCAUGGUGGAACUUCAAGAAGUCCGGCGUUCUUGGAACCAGCGCAUACUACGCGAAGGAGCUCUUCUUCCUCCUCUUCAUGAACGGACCGCCACAGCAAGACCUGCUCACCACCAACCCGCAGCCCAAGAAACUCGUUCCCCCGCUCGCCGAAGCCGUCAAGCUGCUAGAAGAGUCGGCAGCCGCGAAGAAUCCCGACGCAAUCUUCACGCUCGCUGAGAUGAACUUCUACGGCAACUACUCGCAUCCUCGCAACUACACCGAAGCCUUCCAACGAUACCAUGAACUCGCCACGCUGAACGGCAACGCCUCAGCACAACACUUGGUGGGCUUCAUGUACGCGACCGGCAUUGGAGGCGCAGUGAAGCAGGACCAGGCGAAAGCCAUGCUCUACCAUACCCUUGCGGCCGAAGGCGGCGACAUCCGCUCAGAAAUGACGGUUGCGUUCCGGCAUGCAGGCGGCAUUUCGACCCCGCGCAAUUGCGAGCAGGCCGUGCACUACUACAAGAGUGCUGCGGACAAGGCGAUCAGGUACAUGCGAUCGGGGCCGCCGGGAGGAUUUCCGCUGGUACGAGAAUCCUACAAAAUCGCGGAUGACGAAGGCGGCGUGUACGGAGAGGGCGCGAGUGUGACCAGCUCUGGACCCAACGCUAAACACGCCAGCGUCUACUCCGAUGCGCACUCUUCUCUGGAUGAUGUAGUUGAAUACAUGGAUCUUCAAGCAAGGAAGGGAGAUCUACGCGCAAGCUUCAAUCUGGCCAAGCUCAACUACGAUGGUGCUCGGUCUUCUCGCAGAAACCUCCCCGAGGCCAAGCGACGGUUCUUGGAGAUUGCGAGGAUGUACUGGAAUAAGGAUGGGAAGAUCAAAUCCAGCGCUUCCGAGGACGUCGAGAAGCUGGCCCCAAAAGCAGCAGGGUACCUAGGGCGCAUGUUUCUGCGUGGAGAGGGCAUGCCCCAGAGCUUUGCCAUCGCCAAGACCUGGUUCAAUCGAGGCGUCGAACAUGGCGAUGCUCUUUCGCAGUACUCACUCGGACUGAUGUAUCUAGAUGGCCUUGGCGUUCCUAAGAACUCCGUGAAAGCCGCUGAUCUGUUCAAAGCGGCUGCCGACCAGGGCCUGUCAGUUGCGCAAGUGCGUAUCGGUGCACUUUUCCUGGACCAGGGAGAUGUUUCCGUGGCCAUCAAGUACUUCGAGCUUGCCUCGCGCAAUGGGCACCUCGAAGCGUACUACUACCUAGCCGAACUGACAAACGCUGGAGUUGGUCGCGACAAAUCAUGCCUUGUUGCAUCGGCUCACUACAAGAUUGUAGCAGAGAAGGCGGAAGCCAUCUCAACCUCUUUCCCUGAAGCCAACGAGGCAUACCACAAUGGUGACCUUGAGACAGCGCUCGUUGGUUACAUGAUGGCAGCAGAGCAGGGCUUCGAGACUGGCCAGGCGAACGUGGCUUACCUGCUCGACCAGGCUAAACCCCGCUUCACUCUGAACUCGUUGAUUCCGUUCAUGAAAGCGAAGGCCACCUUGGCUAGCGAUGCAUACCUUGCUCUCCUGUACUGGACACGUUCUGCUGAGCAGAGGAACAUCGAUUCGAUGGUUAAGCUCGGAGACUAUUACCUCCAAGGUCUAGGGACCAAGCCCGACGAUGAGAAAGCGGCAGCGUGCUACACGGCAGCUGCGGAGAGCAUGAUGAGCGCACAGGCUCUAUGGAACCUGGGUUGGAUGCACGAAAAUGGCAUCGGCAUAGAGCAAGACUUCCAUCUCGCGAAAAGACAUUAUGACCUGGCACUGGAAACAAACCCUCGCGAAGCAUACCUUCCGGUCACGCUCGCUUUGUACAAGCUCCGGUUCCGGAGUUGGUGGAACAAGGUCACAAAUGGCAACAUCAAGUCUAUUGAAGAGGAGCCCGUCGUCAGGAAAGAGUGGUCCAUUUCCGAAUGGGUUUCCGCUUUUUUAGAGGCCGAGAUGGCUGCAUGGGAUAUGGAAGGAGAGCCCGACGACUACGAUGCAGCCAUGCCUGGUGGUGACGCCGACUACCACUACGACGAUAUUGACUCCGAAAUCCUCGACUCCCUAGUCAUUUUGGGCCUCACAGCCGCUUUGGCAUUCCUCAUCUACUAUCGGGGUCGGCGCCAGCGUGUCGCUGAGGAAGAACGGAGACAGGAAGAGCAGCGCCAGAUGUUGGCAAACCAAGCGGCUGCGAUGCAACAACAACCAGCCCAACCGCAGCAGCCCCAAGAGGACCGUGGCAUGUUCCCGCAUCCCCAUGACCCUGCAUUCAUGGACUGGGCUGCAGGAGCAGUAGGGCAUUGAUAGCAUUGCGAGUAGUUGACGUUAGGCACGCAGAUCGCUGCAUGCUAUGCAUUAGACGGCGUUUUCGGGAAAGAGUGAUGGGAGAUGAUGCGAUGAACAUUGGGCUGGCUGGGAUGAGUGUAAAUUACCGUCUCUUGUAAAUGAUACCUCUUGCCACUUCAGCGGAUGACCCGAUUCCUGGGACGGAACCUCCCAUGCGCGCAUGAAUGUGCGAGUGCUAGCGUUGUCAUGUUUGGUAAGACUGGAUGUACG